AUGGCGGUCUCUGUAGGACUUUCGUCUUCCUACACUGCUGAGGUUAGAGAAAAAUUGAGCUUGUGGGACGUGAAGGAUUCUCCUCUAGCGCCUUUAACAGAUAAACAGAGGAACAGUGUACUUGAACUGACCACUGUGGCAGGAGAUCGCCCUCUUUUAGACGAGGUAAACCUGCAACCAAAACAUGUUGCUCAACAGCUGUUCUUGAAAUUCAAGACAAAAGCACUGAAAUGAUGUUCUAAUUGUCUCUAGCUACCUGAUGAUGACUGUAUUAAUCUGCCUCCAAAGAGGAUCCUAAGCGAUUCCAGUAAAGAGACUGCUAUGGAUAUGUCUCGAGUGGAUUUAGGAUCAGAAAAAAUAGAGAAUGCCCAGCAGGUAGCUAUGAUCUCUCAGAUUUGGCUGAAAUGAAAUCCAUUAAGAGAUAAUGUAUUUUCUUUCUUGUCCAGACUUUAUAAAACUGUGUACCUAUUGAGCCUGCCAGAAACUGUCUGUUUAGAGAGGGCAACAGCACAAAAGUUGCUGGCAUUAAUGAUCUUUUAUGUUGUGGUAUAUUGUUCACAAUUUUUCCCAGAUGUCGUUUCAAAAAUGUAUCACUGCAUCAUGAUUAAAAAAGUAAUGACUGUACUCCGCCAAGAAGGCCAGAAAGAAAAGGUGGCCUACUUCGCCCCACACAUACAGUAUGUAACAGUGUGUGAACACGCCCAUAUAAUUUGAUUUAGGGUGUUAUGUGUUGUCAUAAGUAACAAUGAGUAAUUUUUAUGUUUAGUGUUGACAUAACAAAUAUAAUGGUGUUUUCUCUAUUUUCUUAGUUUUUUACUUGGUUUGCAAAUGUGGAAGCUCAGAUGGAAGAGGAGCAAGAAUCGUCAUAUAGGUAGUGUACAAAAAAUAAUUGGUUUCUAAAUAAAACAAGUCAUGUGGUAUAAAUUUAAUAGUACUUUGGGUAUCAAUAGACAUCCCGGUGGUUUUCUACUUACAAAAGGGUUCUGGGAAGUCCACUUGGAAACCAAACAUAAUUUUUCGGGUUGUUCCAGUGGAAAAGUUUCCAGAAGCAACUGAAUGUCUGAAAAGGUAGCCUUUACUUUGAAGAAUGUUCCAAAUUGAACAAAGGUAGGACUCAACUGUCCAGCAGAUAUCAAGUUAUUAAUUUUUAUCACUCAGUUAAAUUCAAUCAUUCCUUUUGUCCAUAAUCUUUGAAAGUGUAGUCACCAGUUUGUAAAAUUAUUGUUUUGGUUCAUUUCCUCAGAGCUUAUGCUGCGCAGCUGAGUUCAUAUCGCUCACACUGUGACAGUAUUCUUAAUGAAGUGGAAUCCGCACUGCGUCAUCUGCAGGAUUUACAGCAGAAACACUUGCUGGUGUCUACAAAAACAGGAGCCCUGCAUGAAGCCUGUGAACAACUUCUCCAGGAUCAGGUUGAGGAUCAACAAAAAUUUCACUGAUAAAUAAGUGGUUGGUUUUGAUGUUCAUUGGUGAUGAAAAUGAACAAAAUCAUUUUUGAAGGAGAAAUUAAGGAUGCAAAUACUGAGCAGCCAGAUUUCCAAAGACUGUAAACAUUAAUUUUCUUUGUAUUUUCUUUAUGAAUUAUUAAUGAGUUUGAGAAUGAUAAAUAAGAUAGUUUUUCUAGUUAAUCACUGAUGAAUCUCGGAAGACUGUCCAACCUUAAUUGGGAUAUUUUUCAAUCACUGAUGAAUCUCACGAUUGCUGAAGGCACAAGCUGCCAGGAGUUUGUGGGGGCAUGCUCCCCUACAAAUUUUGAACUCUUGAUGCUCUGAAAUGCCAUUUCUAGUGUUCUGAGGGGACAAUUCCUGUCUAAAAUGUUCACUAAAUUGAUUGUCAUUUUCAUGCGUAUUUAUGUUUACAUAGCUUCACAUACAAGUACUCAAUCUUGUUUUAUAUAUCAUGCGGUUUUUUAAAGUUUUCUGGAUAUAAGUAAGUCAGUAUACUCUGUUGGGUGUUCUUGUGUAAGUUAGUAAAAAUUGAUUUAAAAAUCACAGAUAUAACAAUAUAUUGGAUCAUCGGAUAUUGGUCGGGACUCAGAUUUUCAAGCAAAAUCAGGAGAAUCCUGACAAGAUCGGGAAGGUUGGACAACCUGCUAGGCCAACCCUUAUCAGGUCAGUAUUUACAAUAUGUAUACCAUGUUUAAUUUCAGACAAAGUUGAUGAACAUGGCUGAAAGCAUCAGUAACAAGUUGUCUUACUUUAAUGCUUUGGAUCAUCUUAGACAUGUAAGUAUGCUAGUCCAAAAAAUUUAUUUCUGUUAUCAACAGUUUAGGGCGGUGAAGUUUGUUUGCUUGUAUUUUUUGGUUUUUGUUUUUGUAAAUAGGAACCUAAUAAUGACUUUCUUGUUUUAUUUCCGAAUUAGAAACUCAACUCUCCUACCUUCUCAGUUACAAGUGAGUCUUUUGUUCCAAUGUUGGCACGACUUGAUGAGUGCAUUUCAUUCAUAUCAAGCAAUGUAAGUCUAACAUUACCUUUUUCAUUAGCCUGCACAGCUGGUAGUUUUGUUUGUCAAACACACAAGCAAACUAAGUGAUCAGUAAAGCUGCCUGGAAAAUGGCAAUUUGCACUUUUGGGCUUGGUACUCACCAACCCUCCAAGUUAAAGUUUUUACUCGGUCGCCAUUUGGCAACCAACUCUUUUGGUUUAGGGAGACAUUUUUACAAAUCAAGUUGCCAGCUCCAAAAUUUAGGUGCCAUCAGAACCAAAAUGGUCAAAACUUGGAGGAUUGCUCACUAAACUUUUUUUGCGUGCGUGCAACAAAACAGCCAGCUAUGCAGGCUACAUUUUUAUUAGAAUUGUUUAAGAAUAUUAAGAGCUUGAAUGAUUGCAUUGUUCUCUCAAGUUUACAUAAGUUUAUUAAGUUAAGUUUAAUAUAUCAUUGUUUUCUUACUGUUUCAGCAACAAUACAAGGAGAGUUCCGUGUAUCUUGUCCGGUUCAAACAAUGCUUGAACCAGGCUCUCAACCAAGUGAAAUCACAUGUAGUGAGCUUACUGAAAAAUGCUACUGCUCAAGUCUUAGCAAACAAGGUAAGCUAGCCACCUUGUUUACAGUUCCUGUUGUUGUAGAAGUGUAGAUAUUCUAAGUGCUAACAGCAUGAGGCAGAUUGUUGUGUUGACAUACUGAAGAUUUGGCAGAACAGAACAGUUUAUAAUGCAAAGAAUGUGGUGAAUUGUGCAAAGUGUUGAGAUGAUGAUUUCAGCCAGGCUUUUUGUAUUGAAGCUACACUACAGUGGUGUUUUAAAAUGUUUUGAACCUUUAUUAUCAUCAUUCGGUACAGCUUCUUCACCUACUUGAAAUUUUAACAUUCCUUUAUAUUGCUAACUCGUCUUUCAAAUCACUGAUUUGACUUUAUUAGCAGGAUGGUACAAACACAUCAGAGAACUCCUUUGCAUUAUUCUAUGGAAAAUUUAGGACAUGUGCUCCACGAGUAAAGGUACUCUUAAUAUGAACAAAUUAUCCUACAUAAAAUUUUUUGGGUUACUUUGCAUUUGCACAAAUUCCAUUUACCACUGUGUAACCACUGCAUAAUUUUUUUUCACUUCAACUUGUAUUUCUGCAGUUCACAUCAUCUUCAUUCCAUAUAAAAAUGUACUUUGUAAAAAUCAUUUAAAAGAAUUUUUUAACCAUUAUUUUUGCAUCAUUGUAAUUUGUAAAUACCGGAAGAAAUGUAAAGCAUUAUCAUGAAAAGAAUGGUGUUUUAAGAAGUACUAGCUACUGCCCAAUAAUUUUGUUAUUUUGUUUGACAGGAAGAAAACAGGAUCUCGUUUUUGUUAUAUCCAUUGUUAGUACACUUUGUCUUGCAAUUCUGAUCUUGACUUUGGAUCUCUGUUUAGAGUCUAAUGGAGCAAAUUGAGCAAAGAAGUCAUUUGAGCUCUGAGUGAGUAAUCAUUCAAGUGGAAAAUAUAGCAGAAAUCUAAUUCUACGCCCACCCUGCUAAAAUGGUGCUUUCCUUAAAAGAAAAAAAGAAAACAGGACCCUGCCCCCACAGUGAACCUUCACCCUCAAUUUUGUUUGUGUAUUAUUUUUGAUUUUUUAUCAUGGUGGUAUUUUCAAAGAUGUGUAUUAAAGCAGAUUUCACUGUUUUAGUGCCCUUUGUGACAGCACUGUACACUCUGCCUCCUUUUAUUUCCCCCUAUUCUGUGCUUUUAAAUAAAAAAUAUUUUUCUAUUCAUGGUUCCUUAAUUUAUCAGUCUUAACAUGUACUCACUGAAAUUAUGUAUCUUUGAUUUUUCCAGAUAUAGUUCCCUACUUAGUGACUGCCAGCAUUGUUAUCUGUCCCAGCGCUCACAGCUGUUGAUGCCUUGUGUUAGUGAUGCAAUUGACAAACUGGCAAAGCAGUAUGAAAGGAACCCUUGUUCUUUAGUAAGUUUCCUUAAUCCUUUCCUAAAUGUGGCAGGAUUAGGUCAGUUGCAACAGCACUUGACUGCAAAUCUAGAGCAGGAGGUCACGGGUUCGAUUCCCAGGACCUGGACCAAUACUCAAGGUCUUAACUAACUGAGAAAUGAAGGUGCUGCCUUCGCCCUGCAAAUGGCUAGACCUUCACGUGGUUCGGAUGACCACUUAAAAUGGUGGUCCUGUCUCCGGCUGGAGACGUAAAAAUGGUGUCCCCAGUAUAUUUCAUUUUGUAAACUCCUUAGAAGUAAAUAGUACUAAAAAAAACUGCCACAGAGGUUUUUUUCCUCUGGACCACAGAGUUUUGUCCACAAACUUAGAAGCUAGAAAAACAUUUCACCCAUCCAUUAUUGGCUGAAGAAAGUAUUCUCAUGUUAAUGAAUCAUGUUCAUCAAGCCCAAAAUAUCCUAACCAUCAUGCCUUUAAAUGCUAGUCUAUCUGCAAAUUGACGUUUUUCAUGAGCAUGUUCUGUAUUGACUGCAGUCUUUCAAAUGAACCAGUUGAGUCAAGCACAGUCAAACCCUGUUAACAGGGACACUGAGGGGGCCCUAGAAAGUGUCUGUAUUAAGUGAUUGAAUUCAGAGAAAAAUGUAAGGCCUUUCUUUCCCCAGGGACAAAGCCAACUCUGUGAUAACAAGGUGUCCAUAUUAAGGGGGUGUCCAUGAAGUGAGGUUUGACUGUACAUGUAUUGUUUCCAUUGUCUUUAGGUUCGUGCUGGUUGCUCAGUGUUGAUACAUGUUUGUCGAGACGAAUAUCAGCUGUAUUACCAUUUCUUCUCAAAGCCAAGCACAGGUCUAGAGUAAGUACAUUGAACUUGUUGUAGGUGCCCUGUGCACAUGCUCACUUAGGCAUGUGUGUAUGUGUAAAUCAAGUCACUCAUGGGAUAUCAAAAUUAUUGCAUGACUAGCGAUACAUCACUGAUGAAUGUUUUUCUGUUUCCUUUUAGCUCCUUAUUGGAAAUCCUCUGUAGUGUCCUGUACGACUCACUGCGACCUGUUAUUAUUCAUAUGAAUCACAUGGAAACCUUGACUGAACUUUGUUCAAUAUUGAAGGUGAGUUUCAAAGGAGGCCGUUCCUUCGUCCUGAAGAAUUCACCAUCAAGUGUUGACGAGGCCCUGGUUGGAUAGUGCUUUCCAUCAGAUAAAUCACAAUCCAUGCAGUGGAUUAGUAUUAGCGAAACCAGUUGUGCUAUCCACUGAAAAAAUAGAGAUUUUUUCAUUGGAUAGGGCCUGGCUGAUGUUUUAACCCUUUAAACCCUAGGAUCAAAAUUUGAAUUCUCAUUUGUUGCCUCUAUUCAUUUCCUACAGAAGUAGUGGGGAGAAGUUGAUAAAAUAUCAAGCAAAUUCAUCUUGUUUGAUUAUGUCCAUAAUUCUCAUGACCACUGUGUUUUAUAAAGCAGUGAUAUUACAACAAGUCGAUGCUGAUCAUUCUUAGGGCUUAAAGGUUUAACUGUAACUGGCGCUUUACUAAGCUGACCCAGAGGUGAAGAUGAAUUUAUUAUUACUCUUUUGUCAAGUUUCAGUACAAAAAAAAUUGAGUUAAUUUUCAUUUCUCUUUCUUUGCAGGUUGAGAUGAUUGAGGAUCAUGUACAGCAAAAAGGUAUGAAGGAUAACUCUCCUGAGACAACUGAGACAGACUGAACACUUAUCACUAAUAUGGUAAAAUUCCUAAAAUAAGCCCUGGGCCUUAUAUUUUUCAAAGGCCCUUUUUGACGGGCUUAUUUUUGGACGGGCUUAUAUUCGGAGGGGCGUAUCUAUGGAGGGAAAUUUGCGUCUCAAAAUCGAUUGGGUUAGCCUUAUAGUUGGAAGUAAAGUUACCGUUUUGUUUUACUUUGUGUUUGAGGGCAGUUUCCUAAGUACAAGCCUCCGGGGGGCUUAUAUUUGGAGGGGCGAUUUAACAGAGGGUUUUUUGUGUUACCGGUUUGGGGGGCUUACAUUUUGGAGGGGCUCAUACAUGGAGGGGCCUAUUUUCGGAAUUUUACGGUGUUUUAUCGGAAAAAAAGUUUCAAUUUGUAUGAAAAGAUUCCCAUAAAUCCCUUCAAGCAUUUAAAACUUAUCUUGACUAAGCAUCUAAUUGCACAAAAAAUCAGUUUACUGUGAGUGUCAUUCCACUUCAGGUGAAGAAUUGGCUGCUUUUGAAGUUGUAGUUCUUCAGAUGUUAGAAGAUGUUCAAGAAAGACUGGUUUAUAGAGCACAGGUAAUUCUUGUAAGAGCCAUGAAAGUUUGCACAUCAACAGUAUAAGAUCAACAAGAUAACAUAGACAUGACAUGACACAUGGUGUAACAUGGCAUGACAUGACUUGACUUGGUGUGACACAUGGUGUGACAUGGUGCGACAUGAUUUGACAUGGUGUGACACAUGGUGUGACACAUGGUGUGACACAUGGUGUUAUAUGAUUUGACAUGAUUUGACAUGGUGUGACACAUGGUGUGACAUGGUACGACAUGGGAUGACAUACAUGAAAUGACAUGCAGUGAGAUCACGAGAUGACAACAGAUAUUUUUAUCAAAUCCAUCUACUCAUAGCAAGCUCAACUUAACUUGGGAAUAGAUGAAAAGUGCUUGCAGACCAUUGUCAUCCCAGUUUAAAUAAACUUGUUAUGGUUUGUUGAUCAUUACAGGCAUACAUUGAGAGUGACAUCCAGAAAUAUUCACCAGCUCCAGGAGAUCUCGCAUACCCAGAAAAACUGAUCAUAGGGGUAAGAUGCAUAGGAAAUGUCAGACUUUUUGCAGAACCAGUUAAUACAUUCAAUCUAUUAAACAGCGCAGCCAACAACUCUUCAAACAGUCACCUAGCAUUAGACCCUGAUGUUUUUCACUCAUUUUCUUUGACUCUCUGUUAAGCCGAAAUCUCUCUCAGAACAGACUCUUUGUGCCUAUUACAACAAUGUUUUUUUCCAAGGAUCUCAAUGUUUCCCAAAAUAAAGUUAAUUCAAAUAGCAAGACAAUACUUACAAUAAUAUUUUUAUAAAUAUGUUACUGGUACAGAGGACAAUGUGUGUAAAACUUUUCUUUAAUUGUCCUUUUUAUUAUAAUUGGUUUAUAUUGUAUCUGCUCCUUUUAGUCAUGAAAUAAUUUUAUUUUGUUGGAGAAAAGAGGUUUGCAAUACAAUGAGCAAUUUGUCUGUCAAAAAAAACAAUAUUUUGUGUUUAUUUUGUUUAGCCAUAACUAUAGUUUAACUCAAAUACAAGUUUUAUUAAUCUCUAAUUUGGUCACACAGCCAUUUCACACUGAAUCAAGACAUUAAUACGUGUUUACUGUUAUGUAGUCCUCAAGUGACACUGACAAGGAGGAAAAAUUGGCCGAAGGAGAAGAGAAGAAAUCUAAAGGUAGGUAAAGGGUUUCAAUUUUCGAUAAACUUUUGUUUUGCUGUUGUUAGACAAGUUACAUGAUUGUGAAACAUCCCAGCCUGCAAUGGGCAUGUCUUAGUGUAACAGGGUCUGUCAAAAUUUCUCUGUUGCAACUAUUUUUCACAAGGAAAAAACGAAAACAAACAAACGUGUUGUUUCUUUGCCACAGAAUUGCCAGCUGCUCUUGUUGAUCUGCAAGGAAUGUGGUAUCCAACUGUCCGACGUACUCUGGUUUGUCUCUCCAAACUUUACCGUUGUAUCUCGGUAAGAGUGCCCUGCAUUUAAAAAUUUGUGUUAUGACUUUUAUACUAUUAAGCUUACUCUCCUUCAGUUGUUUGUUCACAAUUCUCUGGCCUUCAUUGUUUUCACAUAUCUUCCAUGAGGGGACAACCCGUCUAUCUUAAAUGUGUUUACAUUGUAUGCUUAUCGUUCACUUCAAAACCUUUUUGCCUUUAUACAGAAAGAGACAUUUGAAGGACUGUCUCAAGAAGCUCUAUCAUUUUGCAUUCAGUCUCUCAAAACAGCCAGUGCUCUUAUCACUCAAAGAAAGGUAAUGAGUAGUCCCAAGCGUGACCAACAUCAAUUUUCUCCUAACGACCUCAUUACUUCAUCAAGAGAAAGUUUAUGAGAUUUAAUAAAAUGAUUACCAAAAGGAAAAUACUUUGAUCUUUAAGCAAAUUCAUUCAUCUAAUUCUUGAAGGAAAUGUAUGGAGAUGAGUUUGGAGAAUUUGUAUGUGGAUAUUGGGGCUUAACGGGUUAAAAAUUUCACGUGACUAUCCUUCGAGCUUACUCUCAACUCAGUAGGGAGGGUUCAGGGAAAGAAUCAAGUGUUGCUCUGUUUUUGCUCUUAUACCCACCCCUGAUCAAGAGCUUGCUCGGAGGCUCUGCAUCAUAUGAUAUGAGGGAUGUAGACAAGCAGGCUUUUUUAUUAGUCAAGCCGGCUUUUUUCAGCUGGUGAAAUUAGCUAGCAGUUGUUCUUAGUGACAUCUCUGAAUAUGCUAUGAUGGCACCAGUCUAAUAACAAAGUCAAAAUUUAAAAAUGUUUUUUGGAGGCAGUUUGGUGGGACCUUCUUAAACAGUUCCUUAAGACUACUACUUUCAGUAAUUGAGAAAAUGUUGAAUUAUUGCUAAAAGUUUCACGUCUGAUUGAUCCUUCAGAAUAUUGAAAAGCAGGGCUGUGUUCUAGCAGAGCCCGGUGGCCCCUGGCACCUAACUUUUGCCCUCGGGCGACUAGAAAAUAUCAGAUGUUUCGUACAAAUCAUAUGCUGGGCACCCUAAAUUUUACCGUCUCAGAGCACUGGGCUCCCUUCAAUUUUCCUUAGAGUACAGCCUUGAAAAGCCCACCCUUUCAUAGUCAGUCAAAGUAAUUUGCAUCUUAACGUUGUCUUCAUUCAAAACUAGGAUGCUAUUAACGGCCACCUGUUUCUUAUCAAGCAUCUACUGAUCCUUAGAGAGCAAAUUGCACCUUUUGAUGUUGAUUUUGCUGUGAAGGAAAUGUCGCUUGAUUUUAGCAAGAUGAGGACAGCAGCAUAUGGACUGUGGAGCCAUAGCAACAGAUUGUUUGCUCUUAGUAGCAGUAACGCUAUUUUGGAAUUCUUGUUAGAUGUAAGUACGCUGUAGUGGAAGCAGACUCAAUUAAGUAUCUUUCGAGAGAAUAUUGUGACAGUGUGGUUUGUUGAUUCAGGUUAAAAGAGCAAAAUUAAUUGAAGCCACUGUAUGUUCAUUAUCAAUUGUAAAUGAGACAAAAUUUUCAUGUUACGAUCGAAGUCCGUCGUUGGAAAGGCGGAAGACGCUAUCCACUGGAUAAAUGUCUACCCAGCAGAUGAAGCAAUUGGUUUUUUGAGUGCUUAUCAACUGGAUAGUGAUUUAUCCUCAGGCAGCGCUGUCCAACGUUUCAACAACUGUGGUCAGAAGAAAGCGUUCUUUAAAUAUAGUGAGUGGAGAUAGUCCCAUUUCUUAAACUGGUCUAACUCACGGUAUUUUGAUUUCAGGGAGCACCACAGUUAACAGAAAACUACUUGGACUCAAAGAAGGUUACAAACCAUAAAUUACUGGCUUUAUUAGAAUGACUUCAUUGCAUAUUCUGUAUGUUGAGCAUUCGCCACUUCCACAUCUCCCAUAACGCACCUUAUUUGCCCCACAAAAUUUCGCAUAAGCAUUGAUUUCAAUUUCUCUUGGGACGGCUGUAAUACCCAGGAAAAAUGAAAAACAAGGUUUAUGCAAAAUUUUGAGGGAUGUGCAAGUGGUGAAUACAAUGAAUUUGUGAAGGCAGCUUGGCUUAGCGGUUAGGGUGCUCGACCUGCAAUUUGGAGGCUCAGAUUUUAAGUCCCGUCCUGACUGCUACCUAAUUUUAUUCUCGGUAGUCCCAAGUUCAAAUCUUCGUGCGUUAAAAUUUCGUGUUAGAAAAACAUCAACUUUGUAUUCGAAUUAAUGGUGAAAUUUAUGAAGCAAAAUAACCGCAUCAUUAAGAAUCUUCGUAUUUACUUGCAUUUUUUCCUUUUAAGGAAGUGGAUGUUGAGCUUCGUGUUGUGUGUGAGCAGUUUAUACAAAAUGUAUCAGAAUCACUCAUUGCUCCUCUCUCCGCUUUCUUGGCUAAGGUAAAUUAACGUGAAUUUUGAUACGUGUUUGCUAGUGAAUUUGUCAGGAGCGGUUUUUGUAGUUCAGUGCUUUAGGUGUCAUGUAAUCAAAACUUAGCUGUUUUAAACGUGGCCAACUGCAGCAGUCGAAAGUCAAAGUAGUUUAUCUUUUCAGUUCUGAGCGGGGGAACGAGUUCACAGGUGAAAACAGCGCUAAUAAAAUAGAUGCUUUUUAACUACAGUAAUAAUUGAAAAUUCUGAUGAAAUUGUGUUACUUACACACCGGUUUUCCUGUGUGGUUCCUUCUUUUUUGGCCUUUUUCGAAGACAGAAAGGUGAUCAUUCAACUAGCAAAACCUGCAUACCUUGUUCUUUACUCUUGGUGGUGGGAGGGGUGAGGGUUCAAAGUGCUUACUUUUACUCCCCCACCCCUGCCCCAUGAGUCAAAGACAUCCUUGCUAAUUUCAGUUUCCAAAAAAGGAACGUAAAGCAGCCAAUCCGGUAGUUAGUUAUCAGGGCUCCUAGUUAUUACGGUAACUGUCAGAGGGCCCUGUUUUAUUAAUAGUCGUCAAGUUCAAAUGCUCAGUUGAAAUGCCACAGUAUAUUUCGUUUUUUUCACAAAAUAACAGGUAACGGUGAUAAAAAAUCUUGCAGUGGAGGAAGGAAAAGAUCCCAAAGCGUUCUUAAAACAACAGCCAUUUGCAAAACCAGGUAAAAGAAAACGUUUCUUGAGUGACAGCAUAAAAACAACCGCUUACGGGGAUAGGGAAUGUGGACCUUAAACGUUAAUUCAUUUUGAUCCUUUUUUCUGCGUUUCAGAGAAUGUUCGCAAAGUUGUGAGUGAGACGUAUAUGUUGCUGAAGUCCAAACUCACCAGUACUUUACAGAGUAUGGCGCUGUUUUUAGCCAAUAAGGAUACGGAGUACAUACUGUUUAAACCUGUCAAGGUAUAAGUAGCUUUAUCCUCUUGCGAUCGUUUCCGAAGACGUCCGAAUACUGCCGAAGAAUAUCCUUCCAAAGCCACGAGAACUCCACAUUUACCCUCGUCCAAUUUUGAUCGUUUCUUGAAAAACUGAAUAUAUCCGAAAAAACUCCGAAGACUUGUCUAUUUUUAACUCUGUGGGCAUUCAGUGACGAUUAUUGAAAGUUGGUCAACGUAGUAUUGGUGAAAAGUAACAAUAUUAGUAAAAUCCAACUAGUAGUCUAUUAUUAAUGCUGCGUUCUGAUUGGUUGAGCUACUACUAGGCUAUAUGUUAUAGCCCACUAGUAGCGAAAAUCGCCGGCUUUGAAAACCAAAACAAUGGCGGCUGAAUCGCGUUUUGCUAGCUAAAGUUGUUUUGACUCAAGAGCCCAUUCGGGCUCGAGGAAUAAUUGUUAACUAGCCUGUCAGUUGCGCAAACAGUAUCGAUUGUUUUGGUAUUUAACUACACCCUCUUGGGUAAAUCAGGCAGUUUAGGGCCAGUUAUUUAAACGGAGUUUAGCCAGCGUUUAAUAAAACCUCGUUCUAAGUCAUUUUCAAUUUGUUUUAACUUCAUUAAAGCAUGUAAAGUAGACUAUGAAAGCCUUUGUCUUCGUAAAAUAACCUACUAGGGAAGGAAUCUGGAGGUCCAAAGAUUUCCUAAACCGCGGUCUAACACUUGAGUACAUUGUAUCCUUAGAGUUAGCCCCUGCUUCGUCUCAGUACUUUCUUUGCGGACUCUGUAUAAGGCGGAUACCUCUCUUAUACAGACACUCAAUGCCGGUGCUAACUUUGCCCGUAUUAUUAGAUAGAGUUGGCUAUGCACCAUUGGAAACAGCAGGACACGGGAAUGUCCAUGUUAAGUAGAUAAGCCGAACACACUUUCUAAGAGAAACGAACAUACUUGACAACUGGAUUUCUGUUUUACAGGCCAAAGUUCAAGAUUAUUACAAACAGAUGAAUGAUAUGGUGAUGGAAACAUACUCAGUUGAAGAUCAGCAAAUAAUCGGAUGUCCAUCUAUUCAACAAGUAUGUUUUAUGGCUGUUUGUGAUAGUUACACUGUGAAGUUUUCUGGGAGAGAAAAGUGA